AUGACGUUCUUUGUUGACAAACCUAUAGUCAGAUCAGACCCUCCCCAUCUUACCAAGACAUCCUUCCAGUUGAUACCAAACUAUGACAACGAUGUCAAAGAACCGCCUUGUCAGGAGAACACUUGUCUAACGACAAAUGAAACAAAGGAACAGACAGAUUUAAAAGAAGAAGAAGAAGAAGCGGAGAAGGGAGGAAAAUCGAAAAGUGAAGGGGAAGACGAAGAGGGGGAGGAAGAAAAGAAAGAAUCAUUCAAGGAAGACACAGUCGAGGAUCCUUUGAAGGGACUCAGUCCUGAAGAAAUCAACCAGCUUGCUAUCAGAGCUUUCUGGACAUCGACGACUCGAAGGAUGACAGAACAAGCUUGUCUUCCAGUCCCAAAGUUCCGACCUCCCAGCUCGACGCUAGAGAGGAAUGCAGACCUGGUAAAAUACCGACCCUGGCGAUACGACGUUGGUCCAGCCACCUGGCAGGAGAUAACACCUCCAGUAUGGGAUCGGAUCCAGGAACGGGCCAGGAUCAAACCUCGACAGUCCUAUCCUAGACCAACACCUGUCAUUAACACCACGGCAUUCACCCCUAUACCCGCCAUCAAUAGGCCCAAAUCAGGAAAAUCAAAAUUGAAAGAUGGUGGCAGUAUUUCUGUAAACGAAAAGAUAACAGAUCUCGUCAAACGAGAAAGGCUAACUUCAACCUAUGUCCGUCAGUGCCCCGGUUAUGCAGGCUACCGUCCCAGGUCACCGCUUCGAAUCCCCAUGGAGAAUCUGAAUGAACCCAAUCUCAGAAUGAUGACCACUAUGAAAGCCAGUUAUAGACCUUUGAUGUUUCCGCUGAUCAACAUGGACCACUUUCUACACAAGGGUCCGAUGUCUCGUACAGUCACUCUCACCUACCCCUAUAACCCAUUCAGUAAGGUCGAGAAACUUCGCAGCUACGGAAGAAACGAUGUGUAACCCGAGCUCCUUCUUGAUAACUAUCUGUCCCAAAUAACACCCCACCAUGACAAGCAGUUCCCUGAAACGUGGCCAAAGUAUUUUAAUUUUAAUAAAAAGAUACUCACUCAAUAAUCAUUCAUAGAUAGGAUAGGAGAGCAAAUAUUUUAAGAAAUCGUGAAAAAACCAACGGUGGACGUCGUAUUAUUAAAGGGAUGGUCCAGGCUGAAAGUAUUUAUAGCUUAAUAAAUAGAGUAGAAUUC